CACCUAAAUAUAAAAAACAGAUAUUGACUGACAUAAAGACAGAGAUCAACAGUAACACUAUCAUAGUAGGGGACUUCAACACACCUCUGACAACAAGGGACAGGUCUCUUCAAGAAAGCUGAGAUCAGAUCCAAUAUAUCUGAGGGACAUCAUGUCAGAUCCCUGGAUAAACAUGGGCCAAGAGGAAGAGCUGAAGCCCUACGUGGAGCCACCCAGUGAUGUAAUAGACACCUGGGUAAUGGAAGAAAUGGUGAACCUGGGCUUUGGGGAGGAAGACAUCAAGAACGCAUUGGGAAAUAAAAUAUACAACAACAUCCUGGCCACAUACCGCAUUUUACACAGAAAAAACUUAAAAUACCAGCACCGUACAAUCAAGGUGAAGCCCUUCCAUCCCCCUGAGUUCCAGAGCCGCAGCCCCUCCCCAGCCCAGGAGGUUCAAUCCGAGUUGUCCGGUUGUCAGCAAGCAGAGCAGCUGCCUAUGGACCACAAGCCAGGAGAGAAGGCCGAAGAGUCUGCCGGUCCUACAUACACCCAGGAUUACAGCACAGCCAUUUCUCAGUCCAGGACCACCCUACCCCCAUCCAGGCCAGGAUCUCAGACUGCCAUUCCUGAGCCCAGCCGGAAGUCUAGGAACGCCACCCCUGAGCCCUCUCCUCCCAAGCACUGCUGGGGCUCCAGGACCUCCACUCCCGAGCACAGCCAGGGCUCCAGGAACGCCACUCUCAAGCAAAGAUCAGGCUCCAGGACCGCCAUUCCUGAGUCCAGCUGGGGGUCCAGGACCACCACUCCUGAGGAAAGAUCAGGCUCCAGGACCGCCACUCCCGAGCUCAGCCCUGGUUCCAGCACCAUCCUUAGCCCAGCCCCCCAAUGUCACCCUGGGGACUCUCUCUCCUGCCACAGCACCACCAGCAGCGGUGGAAACCAACAAAAAAUCAAGCCAGGCCGGCGGUAG